AUGGCGGAGUCGGGUUCCAAGGAUACCGCAAAAGCCGAGCCUCGGCUUGAUGCCCUCGGCAUCUUCUGGAUGGUCUUCACCUUCGCCUGGACCUUCAUGCUCGCCGGCGGGAUGUACUUUCUAUGGCGUCGUCGCAAUAUGCCCUUGUUAAGGAUCCGAGGCCUGCCGCUAUCCUUUACUGCCAUCAUCCUCCUCCACCUCUACUGGGGUGCCGUCCAAACCGCUUACGUCUGGUUCCCCCUAGCCACACCCCAGGUCGAAUAUUGGGUCAUGAGCACCUAUCUGCCCUUCGGCAUUGCUCUGUUUCACGCUUCCAACAGCCGAUUCCUCCAUGUAGCCAAGACCCAGAAGGAGCUCUUCGCCGCAAGCUCACACGAGAAGCCCCGCCGAUCUGAGUCCGGCCCGAAGGGUCGCUUCCAAACACUCAAUUACACCAAGAAGAUCCUUGUCCUUGUCGGUCUCGGCAUGGCCUUCCAGCUUUUCCUCACAAUCUUUAUGUUUCUUAUCUCGCGAAAGUUCCACCCUUCCUUUGGCAUCCCCGGCACUGAAGUCACCGGCACUGAGGACUACCAAAAGUCUCAGAUGGGCCGCGGCUGGGAAUGGUGGCCGUCUGUCUUCUGGCAGUUCUUCUGGGCAUGGAUCGUUGCCCCCUACAUUCUGUGGAAGUCUCGUGAUAUCAACGAUACACAGGGAUGGAGGACUCAGACCGUAGCUUGCUGCAUUUCCAGUCUUCAUGCUACCCCUAUGUGGCUGAUUGCUUUGUAUGUUCCUGGCAUGGCUCCCGUCAACCACGUCUGGGUUCCUCCCCAAUGGAUUGCCCUCUCGAUCAUAUUACUUGAGAUCUUUACCGUCUUCUUUCCUUGCUAUGAGGUUAUCCAGCACCAGACCCUGCGACAGGAGACCCUUGACUCUAUCGCCCAAUGGCAGCUCAAUAAGAGAGUUGUUGAUAGGGGCGCCAGGUCAAUCGCCACUGGAUCAACUACCGUUGCCGGCUCCGCCUUGACUUCCUGGUCCAAGGACAGCAAGAGCAGUGGCUCCGGCGAGAGUAUUCUUACUAUGGAGGCCCUAGAGUACGUCCUUAAACGAGACCCCGAGCCACUACAGCAAUUUUCCGCACUCCGAGAUUUCUCUGGUGAGAAUAUCGCCUUCUUAAGAGCCGUCGCUGAGUGGAAGUCCUCGCUGCCCGCUGCCGUCCGCGAUCCCGAGAAGAUCAAGGAUGCCUCCAUCCAGGAGCUCGUCCGCGAACGAUACAACAGCGCCCUCCGCAUCUAUACCAACUUCGUCAGUUCCUACGACGCCAAGUUCCAGAUCAAUCUAUCUUCUCAAGACCUCCGAAAGUUGGAAGUUGUCUUCGAGAGCUCGGCCCGUAUCCUUUACGGCGAGGAGCGCCAGAUCGACCCUGCUACGCCCUUCAACUCGUUCCAGAUGACCUUGACAAAGACCAAGUCGUCUGCAGCGUCAGCUCACGGCUCCGAGACGGGCAUCAUGCAGACUGAGUCGAUCAACAACGACUCGGGGUCCAUCAGCGACAAGGCUCUCUACUGGGGGGAUAUCCCCGAGGGCUUCAACGCCACCAUCUUUGACGAUGCUGAAGGAAGCAUCAAAUACCUCGUCCUGACCAACACGUGGCCCAAGUUUGUUAAGGACCGGCGAUGCUCGACCGACUCUAACGAUACCCUCGAGGCUGGAAAUGGUAUUCCCGCGGCUCGUUGA